AUGGCAAAGAAUGGUCAAGCAUCCCCCGUAUCUAAACCUCAUACGUCACUCGACGGCUCUGUCCAGGCUGUGCAAGCCCGUCCUUUAGGUGGGCCGGACGUCUGGAGCACCUCCGGCACGUCAUUGCCAAUCAAGGGCCAAUCUUCACUGUCAGACGAAGGGCCGCCAACAGACCUUGAGGACCUACCCGGAGAGUUGACCGGACCCGUGUACAGCACUUUCAGCACGUUGAACAGAAGAUGGAUCAUCUGCAUGGUCUCCAUCUCCAGCUUCAUCUCUUUGAUGACGGCAAAUAUAUACUUCCCGUCCAUCACACCUAUAGCCAACGAGCUGGGCGCUUCAAUUGGGCUGAUGAACUUUACCAUCACGGCGUACAUGAUCAUGCAGGCGCUCUCACCCACCAUCAUCGGAGACUUGGGCGACAUGACUGGCAGAAGGCCAGCCUAUAUCAUCACCUUCACCAUCUACUUGGUCGCCAACAUCGGCCUGGCUCUGCAAAGCAACUACACUGCCCUCUUGGUGCUUCGAUGUGUCCAAGGUGCUGGCAGCAGUGGAAGCUUGGCACUGGGCUACGCGGUCGUCGCCGACUUGGCCGUGAGCUCCGAGAGGGGCAAAUACAUGGGCUUUGUAGGUGCUGGUAUUCAAGUUGGACCGUCCAUAGGUCCUGCGAUAGGGGGAGCUCUUAGCGAGUACCUUGGGUGGCGUUCCAUCUUUUGGUUCUGCGCGAUAGUCACCAUCCUUUGGUUGGUACCCUUUAUCCUAGCGGUACCCGAGACGUGCCGCAAGGUGGUUGGCAAUGGUUCCAUCCCUCCCCAGGAGUGGAACAAAACUGUGAUCGACUAUAUUCAGGCGCGGCGACACCCAAUGGAUCCUCCAAAGAGCCCCAAGAGGAAGUUCUAUUUUCCAAACCCGUUCAAGACGCUUGACGUGGUCAUGGAGAAGGACCUCGGGCUUCUCCUCUUACUCAAUGCCUGCAUCUACGUCAUUUUCAUCUUGAUCCUCGCUACCAUGUCGCCGCAGCUGCACCACAUAUACCACCUGGACGAGUUUCGGGUUGGUCUCUGCUAUCUCCCUUAUGGUUUUGGCUGCUUCUUUUCGGUCAUCGCCCAAGGUUACCUCCUCGAUUGGAACUACAGGCGGAUCGCCCACAAGGUCGGCAUGAAGAUCGACAUGAAGCGCGGCGACGACCUCACAAAUUUCCCCAUCGAAAAGGCCAGGAUCCAGCUCAUCACCCCGGUACUGGGGAUAGGAGUCAUUUCCACGAUCUGCUACGGCUGGAUCGUGCAGACAGAACAGCCCCUUGGUUUGGUGUUGUUUUUCGCCUUCCUCAUUGGCCUCACCGUCAACGGAUCCUUCUCCAUGAUGAACACGCUGAUUGUGGACCUGUACACGGACGCCCCCGCGACAGCUAUAGCGGCCAACAACCUGUUCCGCUACACUUUGGGCGCCAUCUCCAUGUCCUUUAUCCAGAAAAUGAUUCAAACAAUUGGCAAGGGCUGGUGUUACACGUUUUGGGCGCUACUAACGGCCUCCCUCAUGCCGAUUCUUUGGCUCCUUGUGCAGCGGGGGCCACAAUGGAGAGAAGAGCGUCGAUUGCGGAAGGAGAAAAUGGUGCAAAAAGAUAUUGCACAACAAGACCCAGCGAAGAUUGUGGAAUGA